AUGGAGCAAAAUAUCCUCUCCACGCCUGAACUCUCGCCCCUCGAGCAGGAAGUCCUCGAGGAAUACGAACGGCUGGCCGGCAACAUGAAGCAGUUGGCGAGUGUGCUGGACGACCUUGCUUCGAACCCGUCGACGGAAAUACUGGAUGGGCUGCGGGACCUGGAGCGCAAGACGAGCCUGGCGUUUACGCUGCUCAAGGCGAGCGUGUACAGCAUAGUGCUGCAACAGGAGAUUGAUUGGGGCGGCGGGAGGGAGGAGUGA